AAUUUGGGGGUUCUUGAAAUAAAAUUAAAAUAAAACAGGGAGUCAGAAAGUCCUUAGCUGUUGUAUGAUUUGAAGAAGAAUGUAAGACUGCUUCUGUGGUGUGACGAAGUGGGUGUCUAGAGCCAGAGAUCACACAGCUGCCUGGUUGUGUGAGCUUGGGCAAUUCAUGUACCCCUCUCUGCCUUGGAUUAGAUUGGGAGGCUGGUGGCUGAACCAUCUGACUUAUGUGGUUAUGAUAUUCAUGCAUUCAGUAAAUAUUUAUAGAGCUCAAUCCUGACUCUGUGUCACUGAUAUAUAUUGAAUAGGACAGAUAAAAUCCCUGCCCUCAAAGAGUUCACAUUCUAGUAUGGGAAACAGACAGUAACUGAAUAAAUACAUGUACAUAGCAUGCCAGCAGUGGUCAGUGGGCCAGGGGAAAAUAGACAGUAGAACAAAGAACAGCAGGCAGGGCAGUGAGGGAAGGCUCCUCUGAGGCAGUGGUAUUUUGCACAAGACCCGCAAGAAGUGGGAGACUAAGCCUGAUGGACAGCUAGGGAAAGAUCAUUAUAGGAACGCAGAAUGGCAAGCACAAAGCCCAGGAGGCUUGGUUUCUUGGUGGACUACCAGGGAAGCCAUUGCAUCUGAAUGAUGGGAGAUGAGGUCACAGAAACAACGAAGGUGAAGAGAAGUGAUCAUAUGCUGGAGAUAUUCUGAAGGUAGAACCAGAAGGAUGUGUUGAUGGACUGGAUGUGGGGUUUGAGAGAGGGAGAGAGGUGUUAAGGAUGACUUCAAGAUUUUUGGCUUGCGUAAUUGGAAGGAAGGGGGUUGCUAUUGACUGAAGGGGAAGCAGUAAGCAGAGCAGGUUUAGGGAAAAAUUUAUCAGGAGCUCAAUGUGGGAUGUGGUGAACUGCCUAUCAGUCAUCCAAGUGGAUUUGUCAAGUGGUUGAUUGGGUAUAAAGUCCAGAGUUCAGGAGAAGAACUUUAGAAAUAAAUGUAGGGAUCCUUGGUACACAGAUAUAUUUAAAGACAUAGAUGUUGAGAUCACCAAGGGAGUGAGUAAAGAUAAAGAUGCUGGCCAAGGCCUGAACCCUGAGUCCUCUGAUGGUGAUAGACCAAGUAAUAAAACGAGAUGAGAAUUGAUUAUGUUGAUCAAUGGAUGUAGCGACAUUGAGUUCUUUGGUGACUUUUCUGAGCCCCUGAUAGGGCCUUGCAGAAUUUUAAAUUACACUCUAUAACGUUUACAAGGGAAAAAAUGGCUCAAGAAAACAGUAGUCUCAAGCCAGAAAGAUUGCAGUUAAGCCAUUGUUAAAACAAAGUAAUGUCAAGUAAUAAUUUUACUUAUUUACUAUGUUUAUUGCCUCUCCCUCCCCUAUCUGGAUGUAAGGGAUCUGUUUUUUCCUUUUUGUUUACUGACUUAUAUGUCUAGAACAAUGCCUGGCGUGUAGUAGAUGCUUAGUAAAUAUUUGCUGACCUAAUGCAUGAAUGAAUGAACAAAUGAAUGAACGGAACUAUGUGAGUAGGCGGCAAUGUUAGUUUUGUUUAUAUGUUAACAGCCUUCGUGAAGCCACCCUCUGCUUCUUUCCAGGUUUCCUUCUGUUGAUGACAUGAGCUCAGGCCCUCUGAAUAUCUUUUGCAUUUAAUCUGUGCCCCCACCUACCGCCACUGUCCUACUGGUUUUUGUUUUGUUUUCAGUCUCCUUAAUCCUGAUGUACACCAACUCGCUUGGAGACCUUUGGGUCCCAGCCUGAGUAAUGCUUACUCCCGUGAGUCUUAGCUCUGAGCCGAGCACUGUGACUUAUUCCUGCUGGGGAGUCCCUGUCCCUGACCACUUUGAGUCCAGCUGUUCUCUGGUUUGGGUUUGGAUAGAGCAGUAGACAGUAGACUUUUCCUUUUCCUUCUAUCUCCUCCCUACCAGUCUACACCCAAAUCUAGUUAGCACUUCUUUUAAAUUGUGAGUGGUGGCUGACGUGUUCAUUCCUGGCUAAUCUUAGUCCUAAGUGUGACUUCCGUUAUGCACAGCUCGGGCUUCUCUGGCUGUGGAGUUAGUCGCCAGUAGGCUGCAAUGUCACCCUGUGCAGGCUUCAGCACAAUGAACCUAGUGGGACAAGUCCCGGUCCUCAUCAAUCCUUUGGUUACAUCGGGGAGCAGGUCUCAGUUGGGCACACAUGUAUCUCUAACACCUCCCUGAUACCUUCGUAACAAAAGAAAGACAGAACCCUGGAAUCCAGCUAGAAUGUGAGCAGGGUCUUAUUUUAAUUGUAUACAUCUUUUUGGUUACCUUCCAUUUAAGGCAAGUAAUGAUGGCUUCUGGUAGGAAGGAAAAAAGUUUCCUUCUUUAACACAUUCACUUAACUUUAAAAAAAUGAAGCAAUAAAAAAAAAAAACAUCAAGUAGGGGCACCUGGCUGGUUCAGUCCAAAGAGCAUACAACUCUUGACCCUAGGGUCAUGAGUUGAAGCCCCAUGUUGUGUUGUGGAGAUUACUUAAAUAAACAAAACUUUAAACAAACCAAGUAAAUAACUGUAGAGAAGGGAUGCAAAACUUCAGAGGGAGGGUAUGAGGACACAGUAGGAAGAUAAAAUCAAAAUUCUGAAGGUGGUCCUACAAUGACUGGCAUUUGGGCAGCGGAUUAGAAAUUGAGGGCAAGAAGGGACUUGAGUUAUCAUGAACUGUCUGCCAGCCUGCACCCUGACCCCAGGGCGCUAGACCACAAGCCUCAGGGUAGCUGGGAGCACAUGGCAGUGCGCCAACCAUAUCCUGGGGACUAGUAGGUGCUCAGUAAGCACUGGCUGAAUGAAAUGAGUAGUGAGUGGGUAAACGUAGCUCAGUUCCCCUGUUUUGCAGGUGAUGAAAAGGGUUUGGAGGCCAACUUGCACAGAAGCACAUGGCUAUUUAGUGGCCAGAGGGAGACGGUGGCCAGACAUUAGGUGCUGAGACCCAAGCCACUCUCACCAAGAGUGCUGCCUGAUCUACCGUGGGCUCCCUGUUGGCAUCCGAGUUAGGUUGGAAAUUCUACGAUGCAGAUGACUAUCACCCGGAGGAAAAUCGAAUGAAGAUGGAAAAAGGGAUCCCGCUGAAUGACCAGGACAGGAUUCCAUGGCUCUGCAACUUACAUGACAUCUUACUAAGAGAUGUAGCCUCCGGACAGCAUGUGGUUCUAGCCUGUUCAGCUCUGAAGAAAGUGUACAGAGACAUCUUAAUACGAGGAAAAGAUGGUGGACCUCUGAAGUGUGAGCAGAUGCGGAAGGACAAACAGCCAGCUGAGGUGAAACUCCUCGUGGUCUAUCUGAGUGGGUCGUUUGAGGUCAUCUCUGGACGCUUACUCAAAAGAAAAGGACAUUUUAUGCCCCCUGAGUUACUGCAGUCCCAGUUUGAUACUCUGGAGCCCCCAUCAGAUCCAGAAAAUUUCAUCCAAAUCAAUGUGGACAAAAAUCUUUCAGAGAUAAUUGCUACAAUUAUGGGAACUCUAAGAUAACAUGAAAACUGUUUCAGAUCAGUGGUCUGGAACAAUCAGGCAGAAAUUUCUAUCCCAACUCAAACUAUGUUCUAGUAUCUUUGUCAAUACUGUAUUCUAAAUUCUUAAGGUGAGCAAACCAUAGUGUACUGAGAUAUGUGUGUUUGGGUAUGAUUUGAAGAAUCUGUGGUACUCUUGUCAUUGUGCUCUGGCACACUGGGAGGAGACAGGAGGGAACUUUGAAAGUAAAGCUUCACAGAAAUUCAAAUAUGAUCAGAGGGGAUUCUAUAAUCAAUGCUGUAAAUCACGACCUUAUUUAGAACAUUCUUGAUCAUGCCUAUAUUUGGACAAAUAAAUGAAACUUGACUAUC